CGCGCGCGCGCCCUCUCGAACUCCUGCCCGCGGUUCGGCUCUCCCGGAGGCGCGCUCCAGCCGCCGCGGUCGCCGCCAACAUGGCCGAGACCAGCGAGGAGGUGGCGGUGCUGGUGCAGCGGGUAGUGAAGGACCUCACCAAUGCCUUCAGGAGGAACCCGCACAUAGAUGAAAUUGGCCUGAUUCCAUGUCCUGAAGCAAGGUAUAAUCGGAGUCCCAUAGUCCUGGUUGAAAACAAACUUGGUGUGGAGAGCUGGUGUGUCAAGUUUCUUUUACCAUACGUCCACAACAAACUCCUUUUGUACAGAACAAGAAAGCAAUGGCUGAACAAAGAUGAAUUGAUAGAUGUCACGUGUACUCUGCUGCUUCUAAACCCAGAUUUUACCACGGCAUGGAAUGUGAGGAAAGAAAUGAUCCUUUCUGGUACUCUAAAUCCAAUUAAAGACUUACAUCUGGGAAAAUUGGCCUUAACAAAGUUUCCAAAGAGUCCAGAAACAUGGAUUCACAGGCGAUGGGUGCUCCAACAGCUAAUUCAGGAAGCUUCCUUGCCUUCCUUUGUAAACAAAGGAAAUUUGGGGACAAUUCCUGCAGAGAGGACACAGCGACUAAUACAGGAAGAGAUGGAGGUCUGUGGUGAAGCAGCAGGGAGAUACCCAAGCAACUACAAUGCCUGGUCCCACCGCAUCUGGGUUUUACAGCACCUGGCUAAGCUGGAUGCCAAGAUUCUUCUUGAUGAACUAUCUUCUACUAAACAUUGGGCAUCCAUGCACGUUUCAGACCACAGUGGAUUUCACUACCGCCAGUUUUUGUUAAAGUCUUUGAUUAGCCAAACUAUGAUAGUUGAUUCUGUAUUGGAGCAGAACCCUUUGAAAAGUGAGACAGCCCUGGUUCUUCCAAAAGAUGAAGAAGCAACAGCUUCAACAGAGGAACCAAGGAUAAAUCUUUCUCAUCUUCUAGAAGAGGAAGUGGAAUUCAGCACUGAUCUUAUUGAUUCCUACCCAGGACAUGAAACCCUUUGGUGUCAUAGGCGGCAUAUUUUCUAUCUUCAGCAUUACUUCAGCGGGAGGCUUCCUCACAGCACAACACAGCUAUCACCUGCAGACAGCCCUGGGGAGACAUUGAGUGACUCGCACCUCGUCCCUGGAGGCCCCCAUCUGUCUCAGGCUAUGGAAGUGGAUGGACUGAAUGACUGUAGCAAGCAAGGCUAUUCCCAGGAAACCAAACGCCUGAAGCGGACCCCAGCUACAGACUCCUUAGGUCUAGAAAUGGAGCACAGGUUCAUCGAUCAAGUGUUAUCCACUUGCCGGAAUGUAGAACAAGCCAGGUAUGCCAAUGCAUACAGGAAAUGGCUACUCACUUUGAGUCAAUGAAAGAGGUGGAUUAAUCCUGCAAGGUUCCCCUUUUAGUGCAAUAUUGUUUUCCUAUCUCAUUGACAUAGCUGCAUGAACUUUGCUAUUGCUGGCUAACUGUUCCUCUCCUUUAGGUUAAAAAUCCUUAGGAAAUCUUUUAUUUAUUUUAAGAAUUGGCAUUCCUUUGGAGAUAAAAUAAUUAUAUAAUUUCUUCCUGCUAAAUAGUCUUAUUUUUUUCUUUUAAACUCCUUAUCCUUUAUAUACGUAGGGCUUUUUGUUUGGUUCAUACAUACCUCUGCCCACUUCAGUUCAAUUGCUACAUAUGCAAAUUUUAGUAUAUGUGCUGCCGAAGCGAGCACUGCAUAUGCAAAUUUUAAAUAAAAAGUUUAUGUAUGUUGUGUUUCAGCUGAAGAACAUAAUACAAAUCCAAAAGGACUUGAUCUUACUGUUGUUUUGAGAAUCAAAUGGCUAGAUUAAUGGAUAUGCAAAAAUAUAAACCAGUUCUCUAUCUCCAGCAUGUUCUAUUUAAGUUACAGACUAAGAUAGCCAAAGUCAAAAGUAUUGGCACUUACAUCAAAAACUGCCUCCAAUGUAAUCCAUUUUUAAAUGGUUACUUUAGAGGAGGGGGGAUGUGUAAUUACAGUACUGGAAAAUUAAUUUUAUUACUAUUUUUAAUAGAUUGUUUUUACCUCAUAUUUGAUAUAUGCCAAAACAGUCAAAUCAGCCCUUAUAAAAUAAAUUUUUCAAAUCCCAGAAUGCCAUUUUUAGUUAAUACUGCCUUUUUCCUUCCAUACAUAAAGUAAAAUAUAUAUAUAAAAAUGUAUUAGUAAAAAUUUUCUUUAAAAAUUGUUAUUGAGGUUAUACUGGAUAAACUACAAAAUUUUUGUCAAGUGAUUAUUAAACAGUAUGUUUGCAAAAGCUGGAGGAAAGAACAGUUUUGGAGAUGAGUUCUUCGGUUUUAAAAAUGAAACAAAACACUUUGAAACUGAAUUUUAUCAGGGAUGCCAUACCAAAGUAUCCACAUUAUAUCUGUAUUUCAUCUUUUCAGUAACAAGGGCUCAGUUUUUCAGAUUGGCAACAUAGGUGGGUGGAGGGUCAGAUAAUGUCUAUGUUCUUACUGUAUUUCCCCCUUUAUAAAAUGAUUUGUUUCUUCUUCACACAUACUUCUUUAUUUUACCUAUCUAUUUCAUACGUUUUUUGUCACUUUCAUGUUUAUAUAUUUUCUGUCCUAAUUUCAGAAAUUCCUACUGAAGCUGUUAACCGUCUCUAUUUCAAUUAAUUUCUUACAUCUACACACACACACAUACACAGAGGAAAUUAGAAUAAGAACUACCCCUCUAAAAGUUCCUGUAAGAAUGGAAAUUGUCUCUUGUCCGAUGUGUGUGUAAAAUGUGAAGAAUAGUCACAGUACUAAGUGUGACCACCAGGCUUUUCCUGUUUUCCUAGUCUGUGGGAGGGGGAGAAGGAUAUAGGGAAAGCAAGCCUUUCCUGUCCUAUUCUUGUGGAGAGUCUGGACUUGAGUUAGGUGCACUGCUUUACAGGAAGAGAAAUAAGUCCUUUACUUCAGCAUCAUGGUGUUUUUGAAUGGCAGACUCUUGAACUGAGUGGUACACUUAAGAACACCAGAAAAAUUACCUAGCCUGAUCCCAAAAGACGAAUGUUGUUCUUUUUAGGGCAAAAAAUGCUCGUUAUAAAGUGAGAAAAUAAUUGCUAUUAUGAACAUAAUUCCAUGGCCCCUGCUACAGAGCAUAUUAUGAAUCAAAUACCUCAAGGCCUAUGUGGACCUCUUGUGGAUAAAACCAUUAGAUUUAUGAUUUUCAGCUCCUGAGGGGAUGGGGUAGAAACUGCAUAGAGAAGACACGGGAGGUUCUAUCCAUUCCAAUACUACAUGUUGCCAAAUUCUGGCCUUAUUCAGUAUUACCUUUUUUCUAAGCAUCAUUUUUAAUAUCCCCAAAAUAGGACUUCUUAUACUUUGACAUGAGUACCUUUCAGGACAUGAUUAUAGAUUAUAUGAACAUUAGCUAAAUUUUUAUAGUAUUCCAUGCCUUUUUAUACCUUUCCUUCAGUAUCUUUCAGUAUCUUGCCCAUCUCAUGUUAACCACCUUUAUAUGUUCUAGAGCUCAAUCCACCACUUUCUGAAGCCAUGCAAUCCUUUAAUGUAUCUUGGUCUCUUUGUCUUCCUUGUAAAGUUUUAAGUAGGGAGUGAAAAAUACAAAUAUCCAAAGGAUACUGUUAGUAUGUGACUUGUGUGCUACUUUACUUCUCAAAUAUGCAUUUCUUAAGUGUUCAUUCACAAGAAGACUUACAGUUACCCUUUAUGGUUGUGUUUUUUUCCUAAGUGCUUGACAUUUAAACUCACUAAUAUAAUAUGUCUUCGACUAAAUGAGCUCAUGCAGUAGAAAGAAUAUAUCUAAUUUCAGGGGCUUUUUAGUCUUAUUUUUAUGAAAAUAAUGUAGUUGUUAAAAGACUGACACACAUUUUAUCAGAUUUCACUGGAAGAAUAGCAGGGCAUCAUACCAUCCUGUGGGUCAUGAAUAACUACUGACAAGCAAAAAGCAAUAAGAUCUGUAACUAUCUCCACCAUAACCCUUGCCCCACCCUUUUUUUCUAAGCAUAUCUAUUUUGGUAAUCAGUUGUUUCCAUAUUCUACUCUGUGCCUGGCACACUGUGAGAGGUUAUUACGUAUUUAUUGAUGACUAACUUUCUGAAGAAAGAUUAGUAAUGAGUGGUAGGUAGAAUAUUGAUUGAGAAAAAUGGAUUGUGGUAAAUGAUGUUUUCGAGGUUCAUAAUGUUUAAGGAGAACUAUCACAUCUAGAAUAAGUUAAUUUAGAUUUAUUUUCUUCAUUUCAUUACCUUGUUUUAACUUGUUAAAAUCCCAGCCAAUGGGGCUGGGGAUUUAGCUCAGUGGUUCCGCCGCCUGCCCUGCAAGUGCAAGGACCUGAGUUCGAUCCCCGGUACCAAAAAAAAAAAAAAAAAUCCCAGCCAAGAAAUGUAGCACUAGAAUUAUCAGUUGAACUUUAAUAUUUAUUAAAAGCUCACAGAGCUGAUGAAAUCCACCGGCAUUAAGAAUACUGCUUUCUGAUCACUUAAGAUGGUGAGAGCCACCUUGGGCAGAAAGUGAAGAAAUUCUUUGACUUUGGUGACUUAUUGAUCUGUGUCUGUGCCUGAAGCAUUUUAUGCUUCUCUUUUUUUCUCCCCAACUUGAACUGUGGACCUUUUAGAUACUUCCUAAACCUGUGUGAGUCAUUUUUUAAGAUUAAGAACUUGAUACAUAUUAGUAUAUCCCCUAUUACCUCCUUAGAAACCCUGGACCCAGAUUCCAGUCAUAUUUCUUAUUUGUAUGGGAUGGUUCUAAUUUAAAUUAAAGGUGUCAAUAGUUCUUUUUUUUUUUUUGCAGUGGUAGGAAUUGUACCCUGCUUCAUUAAUUAGUAAGAAGGACAUAUACAGAUUAUCACUAAAAGCCACUUAUAUCUUCCAAUAAGGCCUCAUGUGAUAUCAGUUGUGGAAACAAAGGUUUUGGGGUUUUUAUGGAAAGAAUAUAGGGUAAACAUUAUGUAAUUCAGAUAUAUUCAGAUACCAGUUCAUACUUAGUGAGUGUGUGUGCGAGUGUUUAGUGUGUGUGUGUAUAAGUAAAGAGAACUUGUAAUAUUGCUACGAAGUGUCAGUCUUAUAAUUUUCCUUUAUAUAGCACAAGAUGGUAUCUGACAAUGGGCUAAAUGCAAUUUAAAAGUGGAAUUAUCAGUUACUGUAUAACAGUCUCUACCCUAGUUCCUGUGAAUUUUGGAAGAUGCUAAAAUUUUAGUUGUAAAAGAAACCAACAGGAUUUUCUUUUUUUUUUUUUGCAAAAAAACAAAAACACUUAAAAUUUACUGUUAUUCUGUUACUAGAAAAUUAUAUUUUAAUACUUUAAGAUAUUUACAGCAUGCUAAGAAAUUUGAACACUGCUGUAACAACUGGACCUUUUUGCCUUUUGAAUGAAUUUCUCAAAUAGAACUGCAAAUUUUAGCACUUUCUGUGCUGUCACCUCCCCAUGCUCUGUAAUGAACUCCUGUAUAUUAGAGACCUUUGUGGAAGCACUGACAAAUUUAGGCAAAUUCAAUGUCAUUAAGGCAGUGAGCAAGAAAAAUAAACCCCAUCACACAGUGUCUUUGAAAAAAAUAGCUAUGGGUACUGUGUUACUUUGAGUGCCUUUUUUACUUUUGGGAGAAGCAAGAUUACCUUACAUUGAACUUAAUGUUUAAGCAGAAAGUAGAGUAUGGAAGUUUUAUCAAAUACCUGAUUAUGGUUCACUAUUUUAUUUAUUCCCAUAGCUAGGCAUGGUCCCAUGGGGUAUUUUAUCAUAUAAUAUACUGAUAGAAGAAGGUAGGAUCCUAAUACAUUGUGUUUAUAAUUAGUUAACAUUUUUAGGCACCCUACCAAGUAGAGAGAGACUAGUUCUUUCUCUCUGAUAACUAACAUUUUGGGGUUAGAGGCAUCACAUUUAGAGCAUGAUACAUGCCCAAAGACAGUCUGAAACCUAUACAAAGGGAAACUGGCACCCGCCUCAAAAUAAAGAUCAGAUGGCUGUCCUAAAUUAAUCCUCUGCCUUACUUUAAGGAUCUUCGUUCCUUCCCAGAUUCAGCAUGAUACAGGAUAGUUUGGGAGCCAGGGGGAGAUUAGGCCUUUCUUUUUCAGAUAUCAGAAAAAAAGAAGUAAACACUGAGUUAAAAUUUUAAAUAUUCAUUUUAUAUAUUUGUGUCUGAGGAAGAGGGAUAGGAAUUUCAUAUUUCACAACAGCAAAUAAUUGCUUGUUUUAAUUUCAUGAAAAAUAUAGUUAAGAUUCCAAAGUGCUUUACAGAGAUUUCUUAAACAAUGUGUUCCUAAAGGGCAGUGAUAUGCUGUGUUUAUACUGAAGACAGAAAACCAAUGUAUCCAUUGUGGCUCUGGUGUAGGAGGGGAAACCUCAGGCUCCCAAUUUUGACUUCUCUGCUCUUACCAGGCCAUGAUAACACUGUAAAACCAAACUCUUUGCUAAAAAUAAAUAAAUAAAUAAGGCAGUAGCUUAGUCUGUUGGUCAAACAUUGUGCUUCCAAGAAUAUUAGCUAUAUAUAGUAUGUGCUUUCUGGACAAUAAUAUGAUCCACAAAACUAACCCUGACAUUUCUUUUAUUGGUCUGUUGUUAUUCCUCAGGGUGUAAAAGAUUUAGUCAAUGUAGAACAAAAAUUUAUAUUUAGUGGCAAAAAAAGAAAAAGCAAAAAUAGGUUAAAUAUAUUACUAGCUCUUAACAUUUUAAUAUAUAUAGUAUUUUUUAUAAACCACUACCAGCAUAGUAGCUAGUAUAUCCUCUAUGACUGCCUCAUUGUUCACCUUGCUGCUCUCGCCCCUAUGGCUCCUUUGGGAACAUUAUCUUAUAUAUGUCUUCCAUGGGAAUGAUUUCUGUAUUUUAUUUCCAUGUUGGGAGGUAGGCAAUAUCAUAUUUGUUUAUUUGGCAUCCUUCUCAAUUUUUAGAAAUCCUAUUGAGGAAAAGGAUUACUGUGAUGUGCAAGUCUUGUACAUGUUGAACACAUUGUAUAAAUGCCUUCCAUGUUAUAAGGUCAAGUCAGAAUAGAUAAAAGCUAGAAAGGAAAAACUAGCUCCGUCUCGUCAUGGUCUAUAUUCUUAUGGUAGUUUUAAGUGAAAUGCACCCAUUUUGCGUAAAGUACAUAAUCAGAUUCAAAUUCACAAGGUAAAGAUACACAAUUUUACAACAUUGCAAGUGAAAUUUAGAUACUUUUAAGGUAUUUAAAUAAGUGUGUAUACACACACCUAUAUAUAUAUAACAGAUUUGGAGCUUGAAUUUAUAGGAUGGUUUUUACAAAGAAUUUUAUCCAAAAGAUUUUUAUUUUAUAUUUGUUUAGUGUUCAUAAGUCAGUUUUCUUUAUUAGAUCAUCCCCCUCCAGCAAAGUUGGAAAUAUAACACAAGUACCAAUUUGUCCUAAUUAACUAGAUAAUUGUAUAAAUUGCUUAUAUUCUUUAGUGGUUUAUAAAUCAUAUCAUUCUAGUUUUUCUCCCAUACCUUCAGGAAAUCAACCUUUAUUUUAUAUCUGGCAAUCACUUUCUUUAAAGUACUAUGCAGUAUACCUUAGAUUGUUUAUGUUUAUAAAGAUAGAGAUAAUACAUUUGACUAUUUUUAUGUCGUAAGGGUUUAUAAUUUCACAUGUCCAAAUGUUGACUCAAACACUAUUCUAUCAAAAAUGUGCAUAUAUUGUCUUUCUUCAUCAAAGUCAUACAUUUGGAGCAGAUAUUUUGCAAUCAUAGUAGGUACUCAGUAAAUACCUAAUUGAUUAUUGAUCUAAUGUCUAACAGUGAGCUUUCAGCAGUUUUGGAGACAAUUGUCAUCUUGUCACUGAGAAGUAUAUUGUAGAGUAAUAUAUUGUACAACUGAAAAAUUAUUUCACUUGACCUGAAUUAUUAGGGUUUUAGGCCAGAGUUAGUAACAUAAUUAAAGCACUCUUUAUAUAUGAUUUGAAAAUAUAUAUAAAAAAUUUAAGCGUAGAAUCUUCCUGUGUAAGGCACAUUAAUAAAUGUGAUGAAAUGAAUGUCUUAAAAAACAGGCAGCUGAACUCUAGGAAAAACUGCUGUAGUCUUCUGCAGUUUCUGUAUUGGUAUUCCCUGUACCAUCUAGUUUAGGUUAUUUUUAUUUCUCCCUAAAUCCUAGUUGCUUUCCAGUGUUGUAAUAAUGGUAAUAUGCAAAAGUAUGUUAAAUAACUUCUAUUUACUUGUUUUUCCAAGUCAUCUUUGACAUAAGUUUUUCUGAAUGAUACAGUACUGUAGUUUCAUUAACUGUUCACUUGUGACUCCCAGAGCAUUUUUGUCAGUUUACCUAACAUAAAAAGAUUAAACAGUCUUUGAAAAAAACAUUCCUACCUGAGUUGUGAGGAACCAAUUGUACAGUACAAGUACUGCCUGUGGGGGGAGGCUCUUGAUGCAUAACUGAUGCUGGCUUUUGACCGAAGUAACCACUGAGAAUAUUGCAUCUUGAUAUAUCAUGUUCUAGGAGAAUAAUGGACUGUAUACUAGAUUAAUUUACUGUUUUUGAGUUGGAAAAAAAUUUAAAAAGAUGAGGUAUUACAGAUAGGCCAAAUAUUUAUAUACUCUACCACAAAAGCUUUAAAAAGAAUGGAAAAGGGAGAGAGGGAGAAAAAAGUCAAAAACUAGUAUUAGUAUUUUUAAUAGAUUCUAAACUUUUUUUAAUCCACUUUCUUGAACUAGUAGUCAGUUGCUCAGUUCAACAGUAAGAGUCUUUAAGUGAAAAGGCAUAAAUUGAAGUCAGUGAUGUUUUAAGAUUGCCUUGUAGUUUUUCUUCAGAUGAACUGGUUACAUGUAUGAUCUGGGUUGCAGGUCAGAUUCUAGGCAUUAAAGAUUAGUUUGGCUAACUUACUUUACCAGUGAUACUAAUUGUCUUCACUGAUUGCACUGCUGCAUUUCUUAAAUCUGUUUUCUCCCAGUGUAGCAAUCUGCAUUGAAGUUCUUUCAUAGUAAUUGACAUUUUUUAAGGAUUACAUAUUUUGUGAAGUCUUAAAAUGGCAGAGGAUUAAGAAGAAUAAAUUUUGCAGUAAGUUUUGUGCAGUGUGCUUACAGUGUUCUGGGAGAUCAUACCCCAGAGUGCGUAAAUAAUAAUGGUAAAUUUUAAGGCUAAUAUAAUGAUUAUAUAUUAUCUGUAGUUGCAUUGAUCAAUAGAAAUACAAUGUGAGCCACAAAGUAAUUUUUAACCUUCUAGCCGUGAUAAAGAGGUGAAAUUAACUUCAGUAGUGUUUUUCAUUUAACCCAAUAUAUUAAAGAUAUUAUUUCAACAUGUAAUCAGUAUGAAACAUUAUUAAUUAGAUAUCUUACUUUCCCCUCUCUCCAUACACCAAAUUUAGUGUAUAUUUUGUGGUGGUAACACAUCUCAAUUCUGACUGGCCACAUUUCAAGUACUCAACAGCCAUGUGUGGCUAAGGACUACUAUACAGGGCAAUGCAGAUUGUAGAGAGUACAAUGCAUGACUUUGUUUUAAAUUUGGAGAUGAUAAGCUGAGGUUCUGGCAUUUUAAAAAUUUAGCGUGUUUAGAAAAACAUUUAAUAGAAUUACCACUUGUUUUCCUUCAUCUGAAAGUUACUCUAGAAAUAGGAUCAACCUGUUCUAGUUUGCCAAACAUUGUUUAAGGUGGAAGAAAUUCUAUGCCAUGUAAAAAUACUGUGAUAUACUGACUAUAACAACACAUUAGUAACAGUUUUCAGUUGUUUUCACUAAAUUCUGUCCUGUUUCUUCAAAAUAAUAGUUUAACUUGCAUUUUUUUUUUUUGGUACCGGGGAUCGAACUCCGGUCCUUAUGCUUGCUCAGCAGGCGGCGAAACCACUGAGCUAAAUCCAUGGCCCUAACUUGCAUUUUAAUUGUAUUAUCUGUACCUAUUUUGUUUUUGUAUUCUUAUGUAAUGUGUAUUAACAAACAGCCCUAGGAUUCUAAUCUUUCUAUGCAGUUGUCUUCCAGUACUUACUGGUAUACUUAUUAAAUGAUGAUAAAUGGCAGAGAAGUAGAAUGAACCAUUACUUUCUCCAUUAGAUUUAUUUUUAACCUGUGACCAUGUACCAAGCCAGCUAUAAGUUACUGUAUUUGUAUGAAUAUGAAAAAGUGUUUGUCUUAUCUUUGCUAUAUGUCUGCAAUUUUUAAGUAAACUUUUCAUCUCCUAAAA